UCACGUGGGCGGUGGGCGCGGCUCCGGGGGAAGAUGUCGGCGCCGCGGGAGCCGGGCCGGGACUCGGAGGCCGCGUUCGCGAAACGGAUUGAGCCGGCGCGGGAGCCGGAGCUGAGCGCCGAGCAGCGGCGCGUCAUGCAGCGCGCGGAGGAGGCGCUGCGCCAGCGGGGCCUGCAGGGGCGGCUCCGGGGCCGCAACCUGCUGACGGGGCUCGGCAUCGGCGCGGUGGCGUUGGGCAUCUAUGGUUUCACCUUCUACAAGAUCUCCCAGGAGCGGUUCCUGGACGAGCUGGAGCAGGAGGUUGAAGCUGCCCGGGCCCAGGCUGCCAAGACCCCAGUGAACUGAGACCCUGAGCAGGCUGGAUCCGGCUGGAACUGACGCAUGUGCCAGAGACCCUCCGCAGCCCGACUCCUCUUGGGUUGCAUCUGCCUUUGACAUGCCAGGCACUCCCUGUGGUGAGCCGAGUCCCCCUCGGUGGGGGGGGGCUCCUCUCCCCUGUGCGGACCAGGCUUCUGCCACCUCCAGUUAAACCUUCUCGCUGCAGUUGCAGACUGUGGUGCAACAGCAUCAGCUUUGUUUCCUGGUGGGCUCUUCUGCUAUUCACCCCCUGCAGCAGGUGGGCCAGGGCCUCAAUAAACCUGUCUAAAUGAUUCACCAGAGUGGGUGUGUGAAAUGCCAGCCCUGGGCCACCCCAGGUGGGGCCUGCUGGGGGGCACCUGAGACAGGGGUUGGAAGGAUAAGUUUGGGUAAGUGCAACAUCCCUGUAAUAUCUUCUUGUUGGUGGAAAUACACAUGCGGGAGCUUAAACGUUGUCUUCCUGGUCUGUCCCAGCAGCCCCUGGGUGGUUUGUAGCUAUUUAAGAGUAAAUGAGGAAGUGUCUUGGACCAAGCUUAUUGGUUGCAUGGGCUGAACAUGGCUGCCUUGGAGCUACAUCAUGAAGUCCUUGUGUUCUGAUGCUGCGAGGAAGCUAUGGGUGGUACCUGGCUUGGGGGUGCCACCCAACGUGUUUACCACCUGCAGGAAGAGGAGGAUGCAGCAUGGAGUGAUUCUGCCCCAUGCCACGAAGAGCCUAAUUAUCCACUGACCUCAGCACAAACCCUGUUCUAUGGGAAAGAGUAGAGCCCUGGGAGAGGCUGACACAUGGAAAUGUGCCUCUUUGAGCUUACUCAGCCUUUCUAAGCUAGAACAUGGCUGCAGAGCUCCCUGGAGUGAGUUGUGCUGCACUUCUGGCUGAGCAAUAAUCUCCAUUCCACUUGCAGCCUGGAAUAGCCAAUCUGCAUUGCACCACUGUAGCCAAGACCCAGCCCUGUAGGGGAAGCAUGGGAUUGCCCAAGCCAUGGUCCCUGGGCUGCUGUCAUUUCCCCAGGUCAGGGUGUUUGAGGCACUGGGCUGCUGGGGGGUGGCCACUAGACCUGGAAGUCAGUGACUCAUUCCUUAAAAAAGUGAUGCAACUUUUGCAGAUGUGAAUAAAACCAACUGUGGUGAGCUACUUGCAUGGCCUCUGGCUAAUGAUGCCUGUAGGCCUGCUCAGAUACUCUAGGGAGAGGGAAAACCCUGUAAGUGAUGUGGGGAAGGUGCCGAUAUGCAGUUUCCAGGACCCACUGAAUUAGAUACAAAGGUGACAUGCUGCCCUCUGGGGUAAGAAGGCACAAAUCACCACCCUCACUGCCAGGAAAAGGUGGCUCUUAAUGCCCCUGGCCCAGCCUGCAGUGGAAACACUCCUUCCUUUGCCCCUGUGAAGGGCAGAGCUCCAGCACCUGCAGUUGUUAUGUUCCAAUAAAUGCCUCUGGAAA